AACUACUUUUUACUAUAUGUGACAUUUAAACCAUUCCCUAAUAGAUAGGGACUGAGUACACAUUAAUAAAUUUAUAACAAAACUCUCUUCUUUUGCUCCGUUUGCUCUCUUCUCUCUCUCUCUCUCUCAAACGAAAAUGACCAGUUACGGCGCGAUUCCGACGUCGUCACAUCCAUCACCGGCGAUAGAUCUCCAAUACAUCUCACGCGCCAAACACCGUAUAAAAUCCGGACUCGCCACGCGCCGCCCAUGGAAAUCGAUGUUCGAAUUCGAAUCCAUGACUCUCCCGCACGGUUUCUUCGACGCGAUCUCGAGGAUCAAGACGAACCUCGGCUACUUCAGAGCUAAUUACGCCAUCGGAGUCCUCUUCAUCCUCUUCCUUAGCCUUCUCUACCACCCGACCUCGCUAAUCGUCUUGUCAAUCUUGGUCGUCUUCUGGAUCUUUCUCUACUUCCUCCGCGACGAGCCUCUUGUGGUUUUUAAUUACCAGAUCGACGAUCGUACGGUUCUCAUCGCUUUAUCGGUUUUGACGGUCGUGAUGCUCUUGUUGACUCACGCCACGUCGAAUAUUCUCGGCUCUUUGUUAACCGCCGCCGUCUUGGUUCUGAUUCACGCGGCGGUUAGAAGAAGUGAUAAUUUGUUUCUUGAUGAGGAAGCUGCGGCGGUCACUGAAGCGUCAGGGCUGAUGUCAUACCCUUCGUCAUAAAUGCCAAAUUUUUAUGAUCAUCAUCUUCUAAUUUGUUGUUGUUGUUUUUUUUGUAUCUUUGGGGUGUCAUUGAGAAAAACUUGAGAAUGUUCUUCUACUUUUGUUCAGUUUGUUUAACAAUUUUUA